CCUUCUUCAUUCGAAGCUUGCACACUUCCUUGCAGCCGCGGAGAGAGAGAGGCGCCAUCUUCAACCUCUGAUUCAUUUUCGAAGCAGCUCGCAUUACUCUAAUCUUGAAGACUACACAUCACAGUUCUCGGUUUAUCAAGUCUUCCGUUCGAGGACGAAAGAUGGUGAAAACACGUGCUUGUAGAAAAAGGUCUGCUACAUUAUCUACUAGUGAUGAAGCUGAAAACACUGGACAGAAUGCAAGUGUUGAUGAUGAGGUUGAAAGCGAUGAUUGCUCUGAUUCUGAUAGUGAUGACAGUGUCAUGAAUGUGAGGUUCAAUGACAGUGAUGAAGACAACAUGGAUGAUGAUUUGUUCACGAGGUACACUGAUGAGGGAGUUGAGGGUGAUCAAGGUGGGCAGGAUAGGAGUUAUGAGUUCAAUUUUACGCCUAAUGAAGAUGCAAUUUUCAGUGAUGCAGAGUACGCUUCAGACUCACUACAGAGUUAUGAUGGCUCUACUGAAGAGGAAGAAGGUGAGAAAAGGGAAUCUCAUCCACUAUUUAAGCUCAUUAAGAACAUGGACAAUUACAAGUGGCAUACUGGUAUCAGAUUUCCAUGCAGAGAUUCGUUUAAGGAUGCAGUUGCUACGUAUGCAAUUCAAGGAGGAUGGUCUCUGAAAUGGAUCAAGUUUGACAAUAUGAGAGCACGGGUAGGUUGUGUGGAUGGGUGUAACUUCUUGCUAUUUUGUUCCAAGCUUAGUGGGGUGUCAACUUGGGAGCUGAAGACUGUUUUGACUGAACAUUCUUGUGAGAGGACAAAUGGGAACAAGAUGUUAAAUUCAAAGUGGCUUGCGAAUAGAUUGGUGGACAAGAUGAGAAGAAACCCAAAAAUGAAGCUUGUGGAGAUAAUGCAAAAGGUGAGAGACAAGUACACAAUAGACAUUAGCAAGACUGUGGCAUCAAGAGCAAGGAAAAAGGCUUUAGAGGUGGUUCAUGGAAGUUACUCAGAACAAUACAAAAGGUUGAAUGAUUUUUGUGCAGAAAUAUUAAGAUCAAAUCCUGGCAGCACUUGUAUGGUGAAGGUAGAUAGACCACCAGAAUAUGCAAUGGAGGUGGAGAAUCCUACACCUUCAAGGGUGUUGAAUCCCAAGUUUGACAGAUUGUAUAUGUGUCUGGACGCAUGUAAGAAGGCAUUUCUAUCUGCAUGUAGGCCUAUAGUUGGACUGGAUGGUUGCUUUCUUAAAGGUAUGUAUGGUGGUCAAUUGCUAGCAGCUGUAGGGAGAGAUCCUAAUGAUGGGAUGCUGCCAAUUGCAAUUGCAGUUGUGAGGGUGGAGAACACAGAGACAUGGGACUAGUUUAUGACAAGGUUGUUAGAAGACAUUGGUU